CAUUUAUCUACCAAGAGACAGUUGUUUUUAAAUUAUAAAUUUCACUCAAAAUAUAGCAUUACAAUUGUUGAAGAUCUUUUUCUUUUCCUCAAAAAAUGAGCAUCAUUGAAUAUUUCUUCUCCAUCUCAGAUCUACUGUGUUGUUUUGGUAGAGCAAAGUUUUGAAAUAGAGCACUAGAAUGGUUGAUGGCAAGGGCAAAGUUGGAAUACUAAAAAAGUCAUGCUUUGUCUUCCACUUUCUUCGCAUAAACGGGGAGACCCAAAUUUUAGUGGGUCCCACGCGAAAUCAAUCUCUCUCUCCAAUUUCUCAGCUGCACCAAACUGCAGAAAUUGCAUGUUCUCUCCUAACUCUCUCGUCUCUAUUUCACCUCUACCAAACAGACCCUAAAUGAAUGCGACGUCGUUUUUAGAGAACCAGAACCUCUGACACUUGCCCUAACCCCCUGAUUCACAACCGCAUACUCGCCGGAGCACCACCCUCAACGUUGCGUCGCUCACGCAAACUCGCCGGGAAAGUCACCAUCAUCAAAUCCUCCUUUAUUUCAAAUUCAAUGUAGCGGUUAAUUGUCAUUGUUCUCUUCAAAUUCGGCGCUAGCACGAAGCUUGUUUGGUGAUCAGAGCUACCGAAACUCCGUAAGAGAAGAAUCUCAAUUUUUCUAUUGUUUGAUUCCCAAUUCAACCUAGAAAUGAGUUCAGGUGGUGCAUUUGGUGGCAACCGAGGGCUCCGUCCGGUGCCUCCGGAGAAGGGAGUAUUUCCAUUGGAUCACAUGCAUUUGUGUGACCUGGACAAGAAAGAGUAUCUCAACUGCUUAAAGACUGCUGGGAACAAGUCUGAAAUAUGCAGGGGGUUCUCAAAAAAAUAUCUGCAAUGUCGUAUGGAAAAGAACUUGAUGGCAAAGCAAGAUUUGGCAGAACUUGGUUUUAAGGAAAGUAAUGCAGAAUCUCCUGCAGGGAAAACUACUGAGAGGAUUGGUGAUCAAGAACAAUGAACUCAGAAAAUUUAGAAUGUAUGUUAAUAAUAGUUUUGAGGUUAAGUUUUGUUAAUGCUAUUCUAUCCUUUUUCAUUCAGUUCAUUUGAUAACCAAAUGUCUAACCAUAUAAAAGUUAUUUAGUUUUUCUUUUUUCAAUACAUACAGUAGUCAUUUUGGACAUUUGAAAAUUCACUUAAUAUAUUGUUUUUUUAUCAAUA